GGCCGGAUCGCUGAGCUGGAGGCGACUGUUGGUCGUCUGGCAAGGUCGGUCGAGCAGAAAGAAGAUGAAGGGCGUUCAGAACAAAGCAGCAUGCGGCGCCAGGGCUCACGAGGCAGAGAUUUAAGGAAUCUUGAGGAGCAGCUUGCAUCAAGGCUGCUACGUGGGUUCGGAUCGCCGAACGUGGGUGUUGCGGAUGUGAAGGAAAAAAUAGACCCCUUUCCAGACGGGAAGAGGUCUUCUUCUCGGAAAGCAGCAACUGCCAGCUGUCGAUUGGCAAACCAUGCGUCAGAGGAUGUCGGGACUACAGUGAGCGGUCAGCAGAGUUCUGGUCGCGUAAACGAAUCACGCCGCGCUCGGGACCGUCUUGCGGAACCUGCGGAUAUCCAGCAGGCGUCAGGAUCCCAUCAAGGUGACCUGGCGAGGGAACGCCGAGCACGGGAGAAGAUGAUCGAGGAUGAUGCGAGGCGGGUCUCUGUAACCGAUGCACAACCUGCGAUGAUGUCAGACUCAUCGUCGUCGCUGGGUGAUGGUGGCAGCAGUGCAAAUUUGGAAUGCGAGGAAACGGGUGGAAUGUCGACGCUGAAAAAGGCGGCCCGGGAACGGGAUGCGACGACCGGACGGGAGGCUCAGCGUCGUCUGGCUUCCUCGGCCAAGGGCAAUGCUGGGAGUUGUGAUGACCAAGCUCCACGUCCGAUUAGGGCUUAUCCGCUGGUGGGUAAGGCUGGUGGAGGCAUGUGUUGGUUACGCAACGGGGUGCUGGAGCCAAUCGGGGGCCGUCUGUCGCGAGAGGCUAUCAGAGCAACGCGAGCGAGGAUGAGGAAGGAGCUGGCUGAAGAAGCGUCGAAAGAGGCGGAUCGACUAGCGAUCUUGCUGAAGAUCAGCGAGGAUGAAGAAGAGGAGAGAAGCAUUCUGCAAGAUCCCAAAUUUAGCAGCAAAGAAUCGGUUUCCGCUGCCGCGGAGACGCCGGACGUGAAGCGUCUUUUUGACGAGAGGUUUAACAUUCGCAAAGAACAAGAGGAAGGUGGAGCAGGGGGAGGGGAGUGUGUGAUGUCAUGUGCAAUAUGAGAACUGCCAGGGGAUGGUUGAAGAAGAGACGAGCCCAGGAAGGGUGUGCAUUGUCUUCGCCAUGUCAAGAGCGCGAUGAGACAAGAGGAGGGGCAGACGGGCACAGAGGCACACACACACACACACACCUGUCUCUUAUACACAUCUAGAUGUGUAUAAGAGACAGGAAAGGGGGGAGGGAAGUUGGAGAAGAGAGAAGAGGAGGGAGGACGUAACAGAACUCUCUUUCUGUCUUUUGAAAUGUAAACAGACCCCGCCCCUGCAAGUUCCCCCCCCCCCCUCCUCCCCAAUUGUCUCUAUUCAAAAUAAAUAAAUAUUAGUAUUAUUAAAUGAAUGAAAAAUAAAAUU